CGUACACGUUUAUAUUUUUAGGCAGAUACGUAGAUGGUAUAACACAUUUAAAUAAUUUCUACACGGUGUGAUUAGUGGUUUUAAGCGCGGAAUUUUGACAGACGACACUCGAUCUUGAAACGCGCAGGUUGUAACUACUUGUAGCAUCUCUACCAAGCUUCAGACGAAUAAUGCAUUCUUAGGCGAUAACGUAAUAGUUAUAUAGCUGCACUGGGCUGCUGUUCUCUGUAUCUUACGUAAUCCUGCUGCUGCGAUCUUACAAGCACUGUUCUCAUAACAGCUACUAUGGAUGGCCAACAUGAAGAGAGCAAUAUACGCAUUUUGAAUGAGGGUACACCGCACCAUGCAAACAGGGUGUCUGGAAGACCCUCAGAAGUCCAACUGCGGAACGCACCAAAAAAGCGGACGCGCCAACGCAGAGGUAGAGGAUCUCGUACUCCCAGGUGUCUUUCCUAUGACCAGGGUGCCAUCCUGUCCAGUGGCAACUCUAAGGAACUUGAGGAACUUUAUAUUUCCCGUGUGAACAACACGGAAGGCACAUGGGUUCAAUGUUGCAAUGCCCUAUGUGAGAAGUGGAGGUACCUCGCUAAUGUUUUUGACCCCACUAACGUGCCAGAGGUGUGGUACUGCUCUAUGAAUGAUGACAGUAACCGGAACAGCUGCGACCAUCCACAGGAGGACAUCUCAAACACAGAUUUUGUAGAAACCAAGUAUUUUGUCGGUUCCAUCGUAUGGGCAAAGCUGUCAGGCUAUCCAUGGUGGCCUGCCAUGAUAGAUGACGAUCCGGACAGUUACCUCUUCUACUGCAACGAAGACCCAAGAGAUGAAGCACGAGUGACCCACUACCAUGUUACUUUCCUGGACACGCAUGUAACACGUGCCUGGGUAGACGCAGGAAAUGUUAUUCCCUACAACAAAGGCCUCACCAAUACCAAGAUCAGAAAGAACGUCGUACCAAAGUACUACAAGUCAUCAUACCAGACAGCAAGAACAAACGCACAGCUUGCACUGUCACUUCCUCUUUCUGAACGAAUUCAAAGGUUUUGCUUCAUUAAGAGAUACAAGGGAAAGCUGGUGAAUUUGAAAGAAAAGCACAAAGCCAGGAGAGUAGGAAGCACAAACACAAGAGCGCAAGAUACUGCACGGCAACCUCCACCAAUCCCUUCUGAAAACGAAGGCUACAACAAUCAACAAAGAGGUAGAAAGCGUAAACAAGAAUCCCAGGGAAAAGGCUCUUGCAGAAGUAACAAGAACCCUGCUGCUGCCAAGUUACAUCAGAAACAAGCAAGCAAUACUGGAUGCACCGAACAAGCGGCAACUACCCAAGAUACCCAACUACCGCCCAAGACGUCUGGCUUAACACCUUCCCUAGCGCUCAAAGAACAUCCUGCACAAGUUAGUUCAACAUCACAAGAUGGAGCGCCACACGGGAAGGUUCCAACUAGGAAGAGUCCCACAAGCAAAAUAUCCCACAACAGCUCAAAGUGCAAAAGACGACCAGAAGAGAUCGUGGAGAAUCGGAUGGGAUCUUCUCAGCACCGUACAGCAGGUUCCCGUAAGAAAACUGAACGUUCUUCAGCCAAAGAAGGAUGUAAGUCUACUACGGCUGCAGUGACAACAAAUGGUGUUCCUGCAGCUAAACAAGGCCCUAAGUCUAAGGCCGCAGGGGCAGCGAUAACAAGCGAACGUCCUCCAGCUAAACCAGGCCGUAAACCUAAGGCCACUAUGGCUCUGACAACUAACCCGGCAGCCAAACGAGGUCGUAAAGCUAAAGCCACAAUAGCUGCGAUAACAAACCUAUCUCCUGCAAUCAGUCAAAGUCAAACACUGGAGGUCACUGCUUCAAAAUUUCAGAACGGAGAAACAGAUAAGUUAGGAGCAACUUCUAGUGAAGUGCCUGUUUACAACCAGCAACUUCGAGAAAGUGCGAAUCACAGUCCAGAUGGCGGACUGCAUCCUCAGGUCGACUCUCAGGAAACAAGAGUCAAAGGAGAUGCGGGAGUUAGUUGCCAACAACGACGACAGAGUGAAGUGUCAUGCGCUACGCCAGCAGAACCGCCACCUGCCUCCGGUGUGACGGAAACCACAAAGAUAACAUCUUCCACACAAUUAGUCGAAACGUCAGGUGUUACUCAGGAGCCGAACUACAAUGCGAUGAACAUUUUUGAAACUGAAAAGUCUGAAAUUUAUUCACCUAUUAUUGCGGCCCCGACGGAAGAAACUGCAGUGGUUACAAAGAAUCAGUCACAUGGAAUGUCACAUGAAGAGCAUCUAUUUUCCACUACAUCGGACAGUGCUACCGAGAUACGAAUAUCUCCUUUGUUGGAAUGCAGCAGGUUUGUUGAAGAGGAAGAAAGUCAAGUAAACGUACAUAAAGAGGCACAACGAGAACCAGAGUUCCAGAAUGAGAGCCAAAAAUUCCCAAUGCCAAUAGGUGACACCGCACAUGAAACUUCAACUGACCCGAGUUUCAACUCCGCAGAAGGUCCACCUGGGAAUGUUGCAAAGACAUCACACGUGCAAAAUGAGAAACGAGAGACUGCAUGUGUGGUAAUUAAUGUUACGAGCCCUGCCACUGACCAGAUCGGGAACACACAGACCAUACCGAAACCAACGAAGGAAAUCUUAACAAUGCCACUACGUGAACCAAAGCCUGUGUUACAGAAGACACUGAAGGCACAAAGAACAGAAAAGGUAAAAGGAGUGACCAGAACAGCAGCCAAGAAAGCAGACAACAAAGCACAAAGCAAGCCAUCGUUCAAGAUUCCAGUUAAGAUGGCCGCAAAGGAGCCUCCGUGUGUUCCUGCAAAAACAAAGCCCACCUUCAGAAAACAGAAGGCAGCUAGUACCUCUGCAAUCGUCGUGGGGACUUCGACGCCAGAAGUCAGCGAUUCUUUCGUGUCAUCGUCCAUCCCCGGGUCUGAAGACAGUGACUUUGACUCCCUUUCAAACAGUGCAGAGUUCACAUUCACCGACUCUACCCACGACACUGACAGAGACUUUUUCAGCCUCGAGGACAUAGACAGCUCGCAAUCAUUCAGCUUCGAAGAAUGAUGUCACUUCCUGUCAAGGUCUUUUUCAUUGUGCAACCUUAUUUAUUGAAAUACGUUAAUCCGACAUAAACUAACUUGCGCACAUGUCAUUGACAACGUUGCUGACCGCAUAAAAUAAAGCAGAAGAUCCGUUUACUGUUUCCCAUUUUAUUGUAAAGCAACAUUUUUAAUGUUCCAAAAAAUAAAGUACCAACAAAACA